AUGGAUAAUUCAUUCUUGAUGUCAAUGGCUUUACUGGUAAGCGGGAUUCUGAUUGCAAUACAAGUAAUAGUUUUCAACUCAGAAAUAAAUAGAUUACAAUUGAUAAUAACUAUUGGUUAAAUAAUUGCUAGUGUUAUUUUGUUAAUCAAGCCUUAUCAGAGGAGAAAACUAAUAUAUCUAAUCUCUUUUAUGAAUGCCCAAUAAAUUUUACAAUAGACGAAUUUCACAUUCUUAUUUAUUGUGUUAACAUAGAUUUUAAGUUGUGAAUUGGAGUUUGAAAUUCAAUUAAAUAAGGCUUUUAGAAUAUUACUCUUAAUCUCUCAGGUCUUUAGAGUCAUAUUUUUUUGGGAAAAUCAUUUUUUUGAAAAUACUCAAAUCAUUAUUUCAGCAAUUUUUUCUGCUAUAUUAUGGUUGAAAUCAUAUUUAUAAUCUCACAAGAAGAAAAAAUGCAUAGUUUAAAAUUCCCAUAACUCUAAUAAUCAUUUAUAAUUCAAUUCUCCGACAAAUCUAAUAGUAUCCUUGAAAUAAUUAGAUAGCGAGUUAGCUAUUCUUGACAAUCUGCCAAUUGGAAUGAUUGUACUGGAUAUGUAAUAAAAUAUUAAGUAUUUAAAUUCAUUUGCAAAAUAAUAUUUUAAGAACUUUGAGUGUGAGAGAAAUGAAGAUAUAGUUAUAUUGUUAAAACAAUAAUUGAUAAAAAUGUUACUUGAUCAUAUGGGAGGACCUGAAGAUUUAAAUAUUCCAACUGAUAAUUAAAUAUCAAAUCGACCUUUUCUAUCUAGUAUUUAAAUAGAUGAUCCUAUCUCAACUAUUUUAAAUUAAAAGGAGGAGCAAUUUAAUCUAAUUUUUAAAUUUAAGGAAUUAAGCAAAAAUGGAAUUUCUAAGAUAAAAUUUAUUAAAAUAUCAUUGAUACAGUAAUUUUUAAAAUCUGAAGAAAUCACAUUAGUGAUGAUUUAAAAUGUGUCAAGUAAGGAAAGAAAGAAGGAAUUAACACAAUUUAUAAAAUUUCAGAAUAGUAUCCUUAAUUCAUUUUCUCAUGAAUUAAAAACACCAUUAAACAGCUCUUUAUAGUUACUUGAAGCAGUGUCCAAGAAAUUAAGUCAUUCAAUGAAUCAAGAGUUCAUUUAGCCUGCAUUAAAUUCUAAUAAAUUGUUACUAUUCUAAAUAAAUGAUAUACUCGAUUAUGCAGCUAUGUAAUCGAAUUAAUUCGUACACAAAUAUUAGUAAUUCAAUAUUAAGGAGGUUGCAGAAUACAUAAAAUAGUUAUUUACUCAGGCUUGUGAAAGCAAAGGUAUAAAUUUAACAUGUAAAAUUCAUCUAACAAAUUUAAUUGUGACGAAUGAUAAAUAGAGAAUCAUCUAGGUUCUCAUAAAUUUGUUAAACAAUUCAAUUAAGUUCUCUCCUUCAAAUACACACAUUAGAAUUCAGUUCAAAAACAAAUUCAAAUCCUCAAAAUAAUAUAUUAAAAUUAAAGUCAAAGAUUAAGGAUUUGGCAUAUCAGAACAAAAAUUGAGUUUCAUCUUUCGAGAACUGCACUCGGUAUCAUCUGAAGAAAGUGUAUAUUGGAUGACUCAGAAUCAAUUGUCUUCUGGAAUUGGAUUGAAAAUUUCUAAUCGUCUAAUUCAAGGAUUGGCAUUUAAUGAACACAAAAAGAGUUCUUUCUCAAUAAAAUCUGCACUCUAGAAAUAUACAUAAAUAUCUUUUUAUAUUUCUGAUAUGAUUAUAUUAAAAGAGGAUAACGAAUCAAUUUCAAAUGCUUAAAGUGAUGAUGCACAUUGUAUUUCAAUGUACAAGAGUGUUGACUAUAAAUUGAUUCAAAACAUCCAUCUAAAAUCAUGCAAUUGCUCAGCUAUUUUACUUGUAGACGAUGUGCCAUUUAAUAUCCAAGCUUUAAAGACUAUUUUGAUGCAGCAAAAAAUAACAACAGAUUCUGCCUACAAUGGAAUUGAAGCAAUAGAUUUAGUUAUCAAUAAGUAUCAAUAAAAAAAAUGUCAUCCUUUCUAUUAAUUGAUAGUUAUGGAUAUAGAAAUGCCAUUACUAAAUGGUUUAUAAGCAACCUAAAAGAUAAUAUCAUUCUUCAACUCAAUAAAUGUAAAACCUCCAGUUAUCAUAGCCAGUUCUGCUUAUGAUUCAACCGAAGAGGACUUGUCCAUAUUUUCGGAUACAUUACCAAAACCUAUUGAUCAGUGGAGGCUUAAAUUUAUUUUAAAUAAAUAUUUGACAAAUUUUUUUUGA